AUGUCUGACAUACUAUCAAGCCCGGAUAACAUUAGGACAAAUGGAUCAUCGUUCUUUACGGAGAUAGGAACAGUGUCAAACGCGACUGCACAAUCUCCUACUGUUGAUUCAUGCAGUCAAGAAAUCUCUCUUAAAUGUUCUGGACCCCGUGGCGGCAGGAGGUUCGGGGCGACUAUUGACUUUGAGGCGGCUCGCUCGGUGCUGAUGGGUAUCGAGGCGGGCGGGAUGCCAUUGUCUCAAUGCACUGUUGGGGCCUACGAGGGUCAGUUGCGCUCGUUACUCGCCAAACUCAACCUGGAAAUGAAGGAGGAGGUCGUUAAACAUAUGGAUGCCGCGGUGGGCAAUAUUCUGGCGAAUCUAAACUACCGAUUUUUCGACCCAGCAGGACCCAUGCUGGGCAAGGUGACUGAGGAAACUCCGAUUAUGUGGAAGUAG